UACUUAAAUGAAUCCAUGUAUUUCCCUCAUAGUUUAGAUUUCCGUGGUCGCGCAUAUCCAAUACCAGCACAUCUGAAUCAUUUAGGGGAUGAUUUGUGUCGCGGUUUACUGAUGUUCAAGGAUGCCAAACCUCUGGGAAAAGUUGGUUUAAAAUGGCUCAAAAUUCACUUGGCCAAUCUUGCUGGGCUUGACAAAGCUUCGUUCGAGGAAAGGAUAAAUUAUACGAAUGAACAUAUUGAGGAUAUCAUGGAUUCAGCGGAUAGACCAUUGACCGGAAAACUGUGGUGGCAACUAGCCGAGGACCCGUGGCAAUGCUUAUCCGCUUGCUUCGAGAUCACCGAAGCCAUCCGCUCCAAAAAUCCGGAGAAUUAUGAAUCGCGGAUUCCUGUGCACCAAGAUGGCACUUGUAACGGAUUGCAGCAUUAUGCAGCUCUCGGGGGUGACUUGAUAGGGGCAACGCAGGUUAACCUGGCUCCCUCCGAAUCUCCAUCAGACAUAUAUUCUGGUGUCGCGGAGCGGGUACAACAAGAGGUCGACAAGGAUGCCGAAAAGGGAAACGAAAAUGCUAUCCUUUUGAAAGGAAAGAUAAAUCGCAAAGUUGUGAAACAGACUGUGAUGACUAAUGUUUAUGGCGUAACUUUUAUUGGAGCCAGAUUACAAAUCGAGGCACGACUCAAAGAGAUCGAGGAAAUACCGGAAGAUAAAAUUCGUGAAUUAUCGGUGUACCUUACCACUCUUGUAUUUAGUUGCCUUGGGGAAAUGUUCAAUGGCGCACGAGCGAUACAAAACUGGUUGAACGACAGUGCCAAAUGGAUCUCAAGGAGUGUACCGCCGGAACUCGUGCUAAAGUCACCGGAAGAGAUUGAAGAAGACAAUAAAAAUGAAGGGAUACCAAAAAAUUUUAAAAAAUCAAUCGUCAAGAUUCCACCAAGCCAACCAGAACAUAAUCAGAUGACAGCAGUAGUUUGGACGACUCCACUGGAUUUACCCAUCGUUCAACCAUAUCGCAAAGUGCCCAGGAAGUCGAUAAAAACCGGACUUCAGAUUAUAAGCCUUACCGAUUCAGGAGUCCCUAGUCCGGUCAAUAGGGUUAAACAGCGAGCGGCGUUUCCUCCAAACUUUAUUCAUUCACUUGAUGCAACACAUAUGCUAAUGACUGCUCUUAUGUGCAAGGAAAAGGGAUUGACAUUUGCAUCAGUGCACGACAGCUAUUGGACUCAUGCGUGCGAUGUUGAAGUGAUGAACGAAGUGAUACGCGAACAAUUCAUCAAACUUCACGAGCAACCCAUCAUGGAAAAUCUUCGAAACGAAUUUCUGGAACGAUACAAGGGAUACAAAGUACCUGUUAAAGUUCAAAGGUCGGAAUUUGAGAAACUAAAAUUGAAGUCAGAAAUGAAAGAUAAUGCUGAGGUGGAAAUCGCUGAUAAUGGUUAUGAAGACACGCUCAGUCUGAGUGAGCUGUCUAAAAUAGUACCCAAGCCGCCGCCAAAGGACGACUCCUUGUAUGAAUUGGAUGGUACGGAAACGCAUUAUUUGGUGGAUAAUUUAGACUUUGACAAAAUACCCGAUGAAUAUCUUGCAGAUGAAUAUGAAUAUGAGGAAGAAAAAGGAUUCAAAAAAUCAAAGGCCAAACGUUCGAGAUACGUUUAUGUUUGGGCGGAUCUAGAUUUUCCAGAAUUACCAAAAAGAGGAGAAUUCGAUGUUUCGAGAGUUAAGGAAAGCAAAUACUUUUUCAACUGA